CAUCAACACGAAGACCUCACUAUGAGACUUCUAUUUUGAUUACAGUGAUCUCACUGAGCUAUUUUGGAAUCAAAAUGUGGCUAGGUGCCUGGUUUCCCUCAGUGGCUUCACGUGGCUUUCGAAGGGAAGGAGGGGUUGGUGCUGACUUUUGGUAAAAGGGUCCAAGCCAGCAACAUAAUCACUCAAAGUCCAGAUGAGGGAUCAGUAAAUACAACGUGCCUGAAAGGCAGGCCCUGAGCACAUUCCUCUGGUAGACAUUAACUUAUUAAAUCGACCCUGACUGCAAAUAUAAACUUUGCCCCCAUCUCACCUGGCAACCAUAAAAGAGAUGAAUUUCAGCCUAUAAAAGCAAGUGGGAACUGUUGCUGGAUUCCGGGCUCCAACAACCUCCCUCCGGCAAGAUGCGGCACCUCAAGCUCUUUGCAGUGCUCAUGAUCUGCUUGCUGCUGUUGAACCAGGCAGAUGGCUCCCCGGUACUGGAACUGAGUUCAACAAAGAGAAGGUCACGGAGAAUGACCCCGUUUUGGAGAGGGGUCUCCCUCAGGCCCAUUGGAUCCUCUUGCCGGGACGAUUCUGAGUGUAUCACAAGGCUAUGCAGAAAAAGACGCUGUUCCCUAAGUGUGGUCCAGGAAUGAUGUACAAACCAGGGGAAAAGAGGACAGUGCUCACCUACAACAAUGCUCCGUUCUAUGGAAUAUUGAUUAACUGCAUUUUGGCUGGAGACACUUAAGUGAAGCAGUCUUGUAUUCUUAAUAUUUAAAGACAGAUGUACGCUUUAAACUGGUCUCCGUUUCUUCUUAGAAUGUUAUGUAGAUAAGCAUUACUAAACUUGUCAAUUUAGAGUUUAUUUUUCUAUGUAUACUAUUAAAUGUCUCAAAAUUUUUGCAGUCUGGAAUUCAAACUUUUGAGGGUUUGAAAAGAGUUCAUUUUGUAUGCU